AUGGGAAAUUGUGUAAAAUCCUCACUCUUCUGUUAAGAGCAAGCUUUUCAUAGCUUUUUAUCAGUUUAAAAAAAUCCCAAUUUAAGGAUAAUUUAAUCUGAUAUAAAUUUAUGUCUUUGAAAGAUACAAGUUUUCUAAAAUUAAAUAAAAUAAAUAGGAAAUUUUAUUAUAGUAUUCAUUAAUUAUAUCAAAGUAUUAUAAAAGGAACAUUUAUAAAAAAAUUUUUGCUUAAAUAGAUUUUUUAAAUAGCUUUUAUCUCUUCUACAGAAGAAGGGGAGUUAGGGUCUUCCAAACAUAAGCAUAACCAUUCUAAAAUUUCAAAUGACAGCUUACUCCCCCCCCCCCCUCCGUGAGUGAACAAAAAAAUUUUGUUCACUCACGGAAGGGGAUAAAAAUUAUUUUUUUUCGAAAUUUAAAAAAAUCCUAAUUCGCAAAAAUUGGAAAGCAAAUAUUAAUUUAAUUUAUAAAAUUUAUGUUUUAAAAAGCAAUUCGUUAAAAAUUAAACAGAAUUAGCUCUAGAUUUCAUUAUACUAAUUAUCAUUUAUAUAUCAAAAUUUUUCUAAAGUAAUUUUUUUUUUUUUUUUUUUUUAUAUACAUAAAAUGGCGGAGACGAGCGACCCGUCCUUCCGUGGCGGGUGUCCUUAUGUAUACCGGACGUGGUUUUUGGAUGCGGAGAGCUACUCAAGGGAAGAGUUAGCCUCGAGGCGAGAGGCCCAGCCCAAUUUCCGCUGAUUUUGGGACUUGACUUAGGCAGCAGUUUUUCGCAUUCUUUUUGCCAGUAGCGCCGAGGCCCAGACUCGGUGUCCAAAAGAGGCAGGGUGAAUUACCUGCCUAGGCUACUUAGUGGCUUAGCCCCGAAUCCCGCAAGGGGUUGAGUUCUUUCUUGGAGAUGAUCCGGGAAAAAGAGGGGAGGCGAAGCUAGACCAGACUCAAGGGCGUAAGUCUCUCCAGUUAAAAGGGUCCUCAUACGAGGGCGAUCUGGCCAACCGGAGGCAAAGACUGGCGUAACUCGGGGCGGAAGGCUGAGUUGGAAAAUGGUGGUGCCCAGCAACAGUCGGCUGACGACUCAAUAGGGCAACCCACUACCGAGAAACCGGGGGUUCGGCCCGGGCUCAGAGAACCAGUGAUGGAAGUCCAUCCUUUUCGCUCGUGCCAGCACGGCUCCUCAAGGAGCGCGGAGGAAUGCCACGCAUGGAAGUAGGGACUAUAAAUACACAGCAUAUUCUAAUCUAAUCUAAUCUAAAAAAAAAUUUUGUUUACUCACGGAGGGUGGGUUUUUAGGCAAAAAAUAGCGAUUUUUCUAAUGGUUUUGUUCACUCACGGAGGGGGAUGGUUAGGGACAUUUGCAUAUCCUCAAUCCACUGACGAAGAAAUAAAAAGCUGCCAAAAUCCAAGAAAAGCAAUUAAAACCAAAGGACCUAUCGCAGAUGCACGAAAUCAAAAUUUCGAAGACUCAGAUGCUCCUACAGCCGAAAUCUUAGAUCGUCCAAAAACCAAAAAAGAUAAAAACGAGCUCGAAAAAAUUCUUCUGUCCCAUUCCCUUUUUAAUUCCCUUUCACACGAAAAUGUUUCAUUAGUAAUCGACCAAAUGAAGUUUUAUUUAUUACACCCUAAACAAGCCAUCUUCAACCAGGGAGACCACGGGAAUAAUUUUUUUAUAAUUUCUUCUGGAAAAGUCGAAGUAAUUGUGAAUGGUGAAACUAAAGGAAUUUUAACAAAAGGAAAAUGCUUCGGAGAGCUCGCGCUGCUGCACAAUAGCGAAAGGACAGCAACAAUUAAGACGAUUGACAGAGUCACUUUGUGGGGAAUUGGUAGGCAAGAAUUCAGAACGGCAAUUGAAAAAGUAAAUUCAAAUAAAUACAAAGAAAAUAAGCAGUUUAUUGACAGUGUGCCCAUUUUAAGUCUUUUAACUCCACAACAAAAAGACUUGCUGCUAUCAGUGGUGAUUUCUCAAGAAUUUCUACAUGGGCAAAAAAUUGUAAUAGAAGGUGACCCAGGUGAUCUUUUAUACAUAAUUAAAAAAGGCACAGUUUGCUGCACUGUAAAAGGAAAAGAAAUCAGACAAUUAUCUCAUGGGGAGUUUUUUGGAGAGCAAGCAUUGCUUUAUAAUACACAAAGAACAGCUACUGUUACUGCAAUCUCUGCAGUCACUGUUUUAUCUUUAGGCAGAGAAGAUUUAACAAGAGUUUUGGGAAACCAGCUGCAAGGUAUUAUCUAUAGAAAUUCGCAAAGAAUUUCUAUUGAAAAUUCAAGGACACUAAAAAUCCUUACGAAGUCUCAGAUCGAGCUGGUUAUUGAAAAAAUGCAAAUCUGCACUUAUACAGAUGGCCAAGUAGUCAUACAAAGAAAUUUUCCUAAACAACAAAAAAUCUGGAUGGUAUUAAAAGGAUGUCUAAUUUCAGAAGAUAAGUCUAGAAUAGUAAACGUUUUCGAAUGCAUAGGAGACGAAGAUAGUCAUCAUUCAUCAAAAAAGAAGUAUGAUUCUGAGUUUAAAUGUGUCGGAAAAUCAGAUAUCGCUGAAAUUUCUUGGCUUGAUCUAGAAGAAUGUAUAGGAGGCUCUUUAUCAAAUAUUGCGUCUCAAAACGAAGUUUUAUCAAUCUUACGAAAAGUUCAGCUACUAAGAUCGCUAUCUAUGAAUAAAUUAGAAGCUUUGGCAUCUAAAAUUAAAGUGAGGCAUUUUGAAAACCAAGAACCGAUUUUUAACCAAAAUGAUGAAGGCGAUGACUUUUAUAUUGUCAAAGAAGGACAAGUUGAUAUUGUUAAGGAUGGAAUCCAUAUAAGGACGAUUACAAGAAGCGACUUCUUUGGAGAAAGAUCAAUGAUAUCAAAUGAACGAAGGACUGCUUCAGUUAUAGCACAUGGGAAAAAUGUUUCGUGCUGGGUUUUAGAAAAACAUAAUUUUCUAGGAAUGAUUGAUGAAGGCAUCAGAAACCAGCUCAUAAAAAGGAUCAAUUUGCAAGAUGACUCAGUAGCUUUAGCUGAUUUAUGCCCUAUUAAGGUCCUCGGAAAAGGGAUGUUUGGCAAUGUAUUUUUAACGAUCAACAAAAAAACAGGAAUGCCAUAUGCAAUUAAAACAGUUUCCAGAGCCAAAGUUUCUGCGUUUGGCAUUUCUGACGACUUGGUAUCAGAACGAAAAAUUCUCCUUCAAAUUGAUCAUCCUUUAAUAAUGAAGCUGGUAAAAACCUUUAAAGAUGAAGAAAGAGUCUACUUUCUCAUGGAAUAUGUCAGAGGAAAAGACCUUUUUGAUGUACUCAGGGUGUUAAAUCUAUUAACAGACGACGAUGCAAAAUUUUAUUCAGCUUGCAUCUUCCUUAUGCUUGAACAUCUGCAUGAGCGGCGAAUUAUUCACCGAGAUUUAAAACCUGAAAACAUUAUGGUUGACGAGGAAGGGUAUCCAAAAAUGAUUGACUUUGGGACAACAAAAAUUGUAGAAGGAAGGACUUAUACUGUAGUCGGGACUCCUCAUUAUAUGGCCCCAGAAGUAAUCAGUGGAAAAGGAUAUGGGCUGUCAUCUGAUUACUGGAGUGUAGGAAUAAUGAUCUAUGAAUUCUUAUGUGGAGGUGUUCCUUUUGGAGAAGAAGAAGAGGAUCCUUAUAGAGUCUACGAAAAAGUUUUAGAAAGAAAACUAGCUUAUCCUAAAUGUGUAGGCUUUAAACUAAAGGCAGCCCCUAUUAUUGAGCAUUUAUUGAAUAAAAAUCCAGCUAUGAGAGGAACGGUUGAGUCCAUUAAAGCCCUUCCAUGGUUUCAAAACAUCAAUUGGGACAAACUUAUAGGCAAACAAAUCAAGCCCCCACAUGUACCUAAAUUAGAAAACCUAGCCACAGAUAUCGAAAGAGGUAUCCAAAAAAACAAAAAACUUAUAAAUUUUAUCAGAGUAAUUUCUAUUUAGAAAGAAGAAAGCGCUGAACACCAUGAAAUUUUAAGAAAAAGUGUGAAAGCUCCUCCAUCAAAUUGGGAUGAAGACUUUUAA